AUGUCAAACCGCCUCGUGAGCAUCAUCAAGCAGAACAACCUCCCUGAACUCCGUCGAUUCAUCGCGUCAUGCUCUCCCGAGGAUGUUAUUGCGCCUGGAACACCCUAUUUGAACGACCCCUUGCUUGAUGCAGCCUCGUACGGUAGUCCCGAAGCUUUUCACAUCCUCUCGGAGAUGUACACUACGGCCCCGGAAGUUGCCAAGAAGUUUAACCCCAAGUUUCGUCCGCUACUCUCCGCAUGUGGUACUGCAAAUAUUGAUGUGAUGCGCUUUAUCUUGGACAGGCAUGACCCAGAGAAUCGGUUACCGGUCGGGACGGUGGAUUUGCACCAAAGGGAUGACUCCGGAGAUACGCCGAUUAUCGUGGCUGCGGGGUCGCUGAUGUAUCUUGAUAAAGAUGCAGAUGAAGUAGAAGGUGACGGUCUCCAUUGGACUGAGUGGAUUCGGGAUCGGAUUGCGAGGGGUCAUCAUUCUCUACGGAUUCAUCGCCGGCUUUAUGCUCAAGGUCCUCGCCGCGCAGAUGUUAUACUACUGAAUGCUCGGCGCCCAAGAAGGAGGCGACUCGCAAGUCGGCAGACAGACAAACCAUGA